GCUCAUUGAAGGGCCUCCUUUUAGGAGGCUGAGCCAGGGAAACCGGGGUUUCUGCCUCGGUCUGUGUGGGUCCUGUGUUAGAUCGCCACGUGGGAGAGGGUGUCGGAGGAGAGGGCUGAGUGGGUGUUCUAGCCGAUACUUCUUCGGAGGUUGCGUGGCCGUCUGCGUUGGAUUCACUGAGGUGUUCAGGGACUCUGCGUGUGGCGCCAUGACGGAACGAAAGGGAACGGCGAAGGUCGAUUUUUUGAAGAAGAUUGAAAGAGAGAUCCAGCAGAAAUGGGAUGCUGAGAAAGUAUUUGAGGUCAAUGCAUCUGAUCCUGGAAGCCUGACCAGCAAAGACAAGUAUUUUGUAACUUUCCCGUAUCCCUACAUGAAUGGACGUCUUCACUUGGGUCAUACAUUUUCAUUAUCUAAAUGUGAGUUUUCAGUAGGAUAUCAGAGGCUAAAAGGAAAGAAGUGCUUGUUUCCCUUUGGUCUACACUGUACUGGAAUGCCAAUUAAGGCAUGUGCGGAUAAAUUGAAAAGAGAAAUAGAGUUGUAUGGUUGCCCUCCUGAAUUCCCAGAUGAGGAAGAAGAAGAAGAGGACGUUAUUGCAAAAAAAGAAGAGAUCAUUAUCAAGGAUAAGGCAAAAGGAAAAAAGAGCAAAGCUGCUGCCAAGACUGGGUCCUCCAAGUAUCAGUGGGGAAUCAUGAAAUCUCUUGGUCUAUCUGAUGAAGAAAUAGUGAAUUUUUCUGAGGCUGAACAUUGGCUCGAUUAUUUUCCACCACUGGCUAUUCAGGAUCUGAAGAGAAUGGGCCUGAAGGUAGACUGGAGACGUUCUUUCAUCACCACUGAUGUUAAUCCUUACUACGAUUCCUUUGUUAAGUGGCAAUUUUUGACACUAAGGGAAAGAAACAAAAUAAAGUUUGGGAAGAGGUAUACAAUUUUUUCCCCAAAAGAUGGACAGCCUUGUAUGGACCAUGACAGACAAACUGGUGAGGGUGUUGGACCUCAAGAAUAUACAUUAAUAAAAAUGAAAGUGAUUGAGCCUUACCCCUCUAAACUAAGUGGCCUGAAAGGGAAAAACAUCUUUUUAGUAGCUGCUACUCUUAGACCUGAGACCAUGUUUGGACAGACCAACUGUUGGGUUCGCCCAGAUAUGAAAUACAUUGGAUUUGAGACUGCAAAUGGUGAUAUUUUCAUCUGUACCCAAAGAGCUGCUAGGAACAUGUCUUAUCAGGGAUUUACCAAGGACAAUGGAGUGGUACCUGUUGUCAAGGAAUUGAUGGGAGAGGAAAUUCUUGGUGCUGCCCUUUCUGCACCUUUAACAUCCUUCAAGGUGAUCUAUACUCUUCCUAUGCUGACCAUUAAGGAGGACAAAGGCACUGGUGUUGUCACAAGUGUUCCCUCUGAUUCUCCAGAUGAUAUCGCUGCUCUCAGAGACUUGAAGAAAAAACAGGCAUUGAGAGCAAAGUAUGGAAUCAAAGAUGAAAUGGUCAUGCCUUUUGAGCCGGUGCCAGUCAUUGAAAUCCCAGGCCUUGGGAACCUUUCUGCUCCAAGCAUUUGUGAUGAAUUGAAAAUCCAAAGCCAGAAUGACCGAGAGAAACUAGCAGAGGCUAAGGAGCAAUUAUAUCUGAAAGGAUUUUAUGAAGGUAUAAUGUUGGUGGAUGGAUUCAAAGGACAGAAGGUCCAAGAUGUCAAGAAAACCAUUCAGAAAAAGAUGAUUGACAGUGGGGAAGCACUUAUUUACAUGGAACCAGAGAAACAAGUGAUUUCUAGAUCUUCUGAUGAAUGUGUUGUGGCUCUAUGUGACCAGUGGUACUUGGAUUAUGGUGAGGAAAGCUGGAAAAAGCAGACCUCUCAUUGCUUGCGAGAUUUAGAGACCUUCUGUGAUGAGACCAGGAGGAAUUUCGAAGCUUCCUUAAGUUGGCUACAGGAACAUGCUUGCUCAAGAACAUAUGGUUUAGGUACUCGAUUGCCUUGGGAUGAACAGUGGCUGAUUGAAUCGCUCUCUGAUUCUACAAUUUAUAUGGCAUUUUACACAGUUGCACACUUGCUGCAAGGGGGGAACUUGCGUGGGCAGGCAGAAUCUCCAUCAGGCAUCAGAGCACAAGAAAUGACCAAGGAAGUUUGGGAUUAUAUUUUCUUCAAGGAGGUUCCAUUCCCUAAAACCCAGAUCCCAAAGGAAAAAUUAGAUAAGUUGAAGGAAGAAUUUGAGUUCUGGUAUCCAGUGGAUCUUCGAGUGUCUGGCAAGGAUCUUGUUCCAAAUCAUCUUUCAUAUUAUCUCUAUAAUCAUGUGGCCAUGUGGCCAGGACAAAGUGAUAAAUGGCCGGGAGCUGUGAGAGCAAAUGGACACCUCCUCCUGAACUCUGAGAAGAUGUCUAAAUCUACAGGGAACUUUCUUACCCUGACCCAAGCUAUUGACAAGUUUUCAGCUGAUGGAAUGCGCCUGACUCUGGCUGAUGCUGGUGACACUGUUGAAGAUGCCAAUUUUGUGGAAGCUAUGGCAGAUGCGGGUAUUCUCCGCCUUUAUACCUGGGUGGAGUGGGUGAAGGAAAUGGUUGCCAAUUGGGACAGCCUAAGAAGUGGUCCUGCUAGCACUUUUAAUGAUCGAGUCUUUGCCAGUGAAAUGAAUGCUGGAAUUGUGAAAACAGAGCAAAAUUAUGAGAAGAUGCUAUUUAAGGAAGCUUUGAAAACGGGAUUUUUUGAAUUUCAGGCAGCAAAAGAUAAGUACCGUGAAUUAGCUAUAGAAGGGAUGCACAGAGACCUGGUGUUCCAGUUUAUUGAAGUUCAGACCCUCCUCUUGGCUCCAAUCUGCCCACAUGUAUGUGAACAUGUCUGGACACUUCUGGGAAAGCCUGACUCAAUCAUGAAAGCUGUCUGGCCAGUGGCGGGUCCUGUGGAUGAAGUCUUGAUACGUUCCUCACAGUACCUUAUGGAAGUUGCUCAUGACCUGAGACUGCGGCUUAAGAACUAUAUGAUGCCAGCCAAAGGAAAGAAAGUUGACAAGCAGCCACCACAGAAGCCUUCUCAUUGCACCAUUUAUGUGGCAAAGAAUUACCCUCCUUGGCAACAUACCACUCUGUCAGUUCUGCGUCGUCACUUUGAGGCUAAUGCAGGUCAACUGCCAGACAAUAAAGUAAUUGCCAGUGAACUGGGCACCUUAGCAGAGCUGAAGAAGUACAUGAAGAAGGUGAUGCCAUUUGUUGCCAUGGUGAAGGAGAAUUUGGAGAAGACGGGCCCUCAAGUUCUGGAUUUGCAGCUGGAAUUUGAUGAGCAGGGAGUGCUUAUGGAGAACAUAGUCUACCUAACCAAUUCCCUUGAGUUAGAUCACAUUGAAGUAAAAUUUGCUUCGGAAGCGGAUGAUAGAAUCAGAGAAGAUUGCUGUCCUGGGAAGCCUCUUACUGUUUUUAGAACAGAACCUGGUGUAUCAGUGUUUUUGGUAAAUCCCCAGCCAUCCAAUGGUCACUUCUCAACCAAAAUUGAAAUUAGACAAGGAGACAACAGAGAUUCAUUAAUUAGGCGUUUAAUGAAGAUGGACAGAGGAAUCAAGGACCUUUCCAAGGUAAAACUGAUGAGAUUUGAUGAUCCUGUGUUGGGACCUCGUCGUGUUCCUGUGCUGGGAAAAGAACACCUGGAGAAGACCCCCAUUUCUGAUCAUGCUGUAUUUCAUGUGGACCUCAUAAGCAAGAAAAUUCACCUCACUGAAAAUGGAUUAAGGGCAGAUAUUGGUGAUUCCAUCGUCUAUCUGGUUCAUUAAACCGCAGACAGAUUUGGCUAUUAUCAGCCCUGGUUUCAGAGACAUCAUUACCUUGAUUGUGCAUACAAAUUGGCCUUGAGAACCUCAGAAUGGACCGAAACAACUGUCAUUUCUAACCAUUGAAUUUUGCAUGUAAUCUUGCACUAAGUUAUCUUUGAGACCUGGAUAUAAUAAAAUAAAACUUUUUCCCCCUUC